AUGGAUGAAAGUGAUGAAGCAUCACCAUCCGGAGACCCCGCAAAGGAUGCACAUUCGUCUGAUGGUGCUGGUUCCUCGCGAGAAGCGCAGUACAAAAAUAAAGGCAUCACUGUUUUGGGAUUUUCCGGACUAACAGUGGGUGCUCUUCGAAAGCGGCGAGAAGAGACAAGCAUUGAAAUAAGGAAGCAGAAUCGGGACCGCGAGCUGAACAAAAGACGACAGAUCGAUUUCGAUGCUGACGAGGAAGCCGAAUCUGAUCAGGGACUAUCGGCCCCAGCAGGGCAAUCUUUACGUUGGCAGUCCUACCAAAAAGCAAACGAAUGCCAGGAUCGUCAACAAGCUGACCACCAGCAAUCAGCACUGAAAAAAUUAUCAGCUGCGUAG